AGGUAACAUUAGUCAGAAGAUUAAUAGUGGCUUGUAUUGAGAUGAAAAUAUUAGGGAUUGAAAAGACGGUGAAGACACUUACAUACAUUGCGUGCCUAUAAAACUAUAACUCUUUUAUUCUUUACUUAAUUUUAGCGUUGAUACCUCAUGUUUUAUUUUUUCAUCCUUAGCAAUCAUUUUUCUCCACCAAAUCAACACCAUAUAUAAAAUGCCGAUAACAAUAAUAUACUUUUCAUCAACUAGAAAAAUACUGUAUUCCAUACAAUAAUAUGAAAUAUCGUCCAAUUCACUUACUAAUCGUAUACAAAAGAUCUUCAUCUUCAUCUAUUCUUACACUUAUGCCUCAAAAUAAGAUAAGGUAUCUAGAAAAAAUCUCCACUUAUUCAAUAAAACCCUUAAAAAACUCUUCAUUUAUUUAUACAAAUAUAAAUAAACCUCAAAAUUAGAAAAUGUAUAAUUGAGGUGUAAUUUCAGUCCAUGGUCCAAGUCUUUGUAAUCUGGAGUCCUCCGUAUUGUAUUUGGGUACUACAUUGUCCAAUUUCGUGAGUUUCAACACAACUCUCUCGAUUCACUCUCUUCUUCCUCAAAAUUAAAAAAACAAAACAAAUUAAAUAACUCAAAAUUAAUCUCAAUUUCUUUUUAAAUAAAUCCUUCACUUUCCCUCUCCUCUUUUAGAAGCACCCUUCUUCCUCAACCCCUUAAGAUGCGCCUCCCUUUCUCUCUCCUCCUCGUCUUCUUCCUUCUCCCCUUUCUUCUUCCUCCAACUUAAUUUUUCAAAACCAAUUAUUUUUUUCUUUUUUUUUUCAAUUACUUUUUUCUCAUGAACUCAACCUUUUUACUGGAACUGAGGAAAUGGAUUUCGAUGGUUUGGUAGUGGGUCAAACUGCAGUAUCUUCAUCUUGUUCAGACCACCAAAAUCAAAUACUUGAAGGAAAACCCAAGUGUAGUAUUAAUGGAUCUGGGUUAAUCAAGCAAGAAAGAUCCGACCCGUUUGUUGAUGAAGAUAAUAGGGUUGCUAAAAUUGUUAAAAGGGCUGAUGAUUUGGGGCUGAGAUCUGAUAAUGCUGUUCCUAAACAACAAAUGUUGAGCUUUUCUUCUUCAACUAAACCUCAACAACUUAGCUUUCUUUCUGCUAAAGAUGUUAAUUUCAUUUCAGACAAUAAAAAUGCCCAGAAUCUUCUUUUAUCUUAUUUUCAGCAGCAGCAACAACAACAACUUCCUUCUUACUCCAGAACUCCUGCUGGGUUUAAUCAUGGAAACUUGAAUGGGAGCAUGCAUGGAUCAUUUUCAGGGAUAAGAGGACCAUUUACACCAGCACAAUGGAUAGAGUUAGAACAUCAGGCAAUGAUAUACAAGUAUAUAACUGCAAAUGUUCCUGUUCCUGCUAAUUUGCUCAUUCCUAUUAGGAAAGCCUUAUGUUCUUCUGGCUUUCCUGGCUUCUCUUUUGGAUCUUAUCCUCCCCAUUCAUAUGGAUGGGGGACUUUCCAUCUAGGAUUUUCUGGCAGCACAGACCCAGAGCCUGGGAGGUGUCGCCGAACAGAUGGAAAGAAAUGGCGGUGCUCAAAGGAUGCAGUUCCCGACCAGAAAUAUUGUGAAAGACAUAUCAACAGAGGUCGCCAUCGUUCAAGAAAGCCUGUGGAAGGCCACACUGGCCAAGCUGCCUCUGGACCCACUAACACGAAGGUGAUUCCAGCGAUGUCUUCUUCCAUGUCAUCGCUGGUAACAUCCACUGGUGGUGCCUCCAACAGUACUGUUACUAUUGCACAUCAGCACCAUAUCAAAGGCUUGCAGCCACCUGGUGCCAACAAUGCUGCCGCUGACUCGAUUGUUAACCGCUUUCAUGAUGAGCAGGGUCUCUCCACGAUGCCUCCAACCAUGAAUUUGAAAACUAAUGACAGCCCAUUUUCCAUUGCAAAGCAACAUAUCCAGUUAGAUGAUUCCUCACAAUCAGAAUUUGGACUUGUCUCUACUGAUUCCCUCCUGAACCCGACACAGAAAAGUGCCUAUUUGGGCUGUAAAAGCUACAACUCUUCGAUCUUGGAGUUUAAUGCACAGCAAACCCAAGACCAAUACCCACUCCGACAUUUCAUGGAUGUCUGGCCCAAGGACAAUUCUAACCGUUCAUCCAUCCCCUGGCCUGAAGACUCACUGAAAUCAGAUUGGACUCAACUAUCAAUGUCGAUUCCCAUGUCAACGACUGACUUCUCAUCCUCAUCCUCACCUAAUCAAGAGAAGGCAACUGUUUCACCAUUGAGGCUGUCUCGUGAGUUUGAUCCAUCUCAAAUGGGUGUGGGAGUGGGAACCAUUGUGGGUGAGACAGGCAUGAAGCAAAAUGCCUGGAUACCGAUUUCAUGGGGAAAUAAUUCAAUGGGAGGUCCCUUGGGGGAGGUUCUGAACAAUACAAGUAAUAUCACAUCAGCCCUUAAUCUCAAGGGUGAUCAAAGAUGUGAUGGGAGCCCUCAGCUUGGGUCAUCCCCUACUGGCGUCUUGCAGAAGUCUACCUUUGUUUCCCUUUCUAACAGCAGCUCUGCUGGCAGUCCGAGGGCUGAGAAUAAGAAAACCCUCGAAGGAGCCAAUCUCUGUGACGAUAUCCUAGGCUCAGCAGUUCAUGCUAGCUCUACAUUCGUCCCUUCCAUGUAAGCUGUUGGAAUAAGAGCUUGCUAAGGUAAGGGGAGAUUGAAAAGGAGAGAUUAUGUGACAUUAAUAUCUUCAAAUUAUGAAAAAUUGGUUCCCAAAAGAAGUCUUCUCCGAGGCCUGUUUUGAGAUCUAAAAAUGUGCUUAUCUGUUUUUCGUUAAGAUUGAGUUUCCUGAACAGUUUGUGGGAGGUUCAAGACUUACAGGUGUUGUUGAUAGCUCAACCUUUUUUUUUCACGGUUUAUGAGUUGUGACUAUCCGUUCAUCGACUGAUCACAAUUCUAUUGUCUCUGUUGUUAGUUUGUUACCUAUUGUACCAAUCACUUUUCAUCGCCUUCUCCGUUUGGAGAAACUGUCCAAACUUUCAAGAUUUUUAGUUGAGGGAGAGUUGGAUUUGGCAGUAAAGCAUGCAAAUGCAUCUUGAAAUGCUUUACUUAAUGUGGAAUAACCUUGCUUUAUUUUUGGUUUAUGACAUUAGCAUGUACUUGGUACUAUACUUCGGGCA